UACCUCAACCUAGGCAGGUAGUGCCCCACGGCUCCCACGGCUUAUAAUUCUUGGCUACGUUAUUUUAGGUAGGUAAAUGUGCCUGGCCUUUUUGUGCAGGAUCGUACGUUAGUGCUCGCCACCGGUAUGUAAUUAGGAUCCUACAACAAGGAAAAGGAUCAGAUAGGCCGCAUAGGUGCCGAUAGUACGUCGGCUUUAGCCUACCGGCAUCUGAGACAAGUUGCGAACCCGAAUCCGCAGUUGGGUAGUGAAGUCUACCUCUUAGUAUAUCAUCCCCCGCCGAUAUCUUAACAAGGAAGAGGCGCGAUAUAAAACAAAACGAUGGCUCACCCAGAGGACCCUAAACUUCUACCCGACCUCGUCGAUGAGAUUGCUGCGACGGAACCAGAGUCGCUCUAUGGAAAAUAUCCAGCUGAUCCGUCAAACUAUGAUGCCGGGUUUAAAGAUGUCACAUAUCGUCAACUAGCCAAUGCUAUAAAUGGAGUGGCGCGAUGGCUGGAGGACGAAGUUGGGCGGGGGGAUCCAGUGCGCACGCCUACCAUCGCGUAUAUCGGGCCUAAUGACUUUCGUUACGUCUUCGCCUUUAUAGGCGCUAUCAAGGCAGGAUAUAAGAUAUUUCUUACCAGUCCCCGCAACACUGUGGUGGCGCACUUGUCGCUACUAGAAAAUCUAGAAUGUAACAAGAUCAUCGUGUCCGGGGCGAAACCCCCCGCCGUAGAUGAAAUCUUGCAGAAGAGAGAGAUGCGGGUGUUGCAGAUGGCUGAAAUGGAACAUCUUCUUAACCAUCCUCAUGAGCCGUAUCUCUACCAGGCGACCCUGGAGAAGGCCAAACGGGAUGGGUGCUUCGUCUGCCAUACUUCUGGCACCACUGGAAUCCCAAAACCGUGCAUCUAUACUCACGAAUUUGUUCUGCGAAUAGCCAGGACGAUCUUGCUUGAGCCUCCAAGUGGCUAUACGCCCUUAUCAUCUUACAUGGGCCAUAAUACGCAUAUUCUCGUACUUCCUCUUUUCCACCCCGGAGGUGUCCAGCUUGGCAUUAUCAACGCCAUUUAUAACCGCUGUGUUGUGGUCAUCCCAUCAUGGCUAGGUCCCCCUUCGGUCGAGAGCCUCUUAGCUAUCUCACGCAAUGUAGAAGCCGAUUGGGCGAUGACGGCACCGUUUACCUUGGAAGCACUAGCUAAAGACGAGGCGAUGUUGGAUGAGAUUGCUUCUCGACUCAAGAUGAUUGUAUUUGCUGGAGGGGCCCUACCGAAAGUGCUGGGAGACAUCAUCGCAAAGAAGCUCCGACUGGCGAGCUUUUUAGGAUCAAGCGAAACCGGAGGGCUCCCAAUUAUAUAUCCGAACGAGCUGGACAAGGCGAAGGACUGGGAGUAUAUGGGAUUCCAUCCUACAAUUGGCGCCGUGCUUGAGCCUCUGACCGAGGAUACUUUCGAACUUGUCAUAGAGAAGUCGGAGGCCACCCUACCCUACCAGCCUGUCUUUGACAGAUACCCAGAGCAAAGCAAGUUCCACACUGGUGACCUAUUUAAGCAGCACCCUACGAUCCCUGGCAUGUGGGCGCAUGCAUCACGGGCAGACGACAUUAUUGUCUUCCUCAACGGCGAAAAGACAAACCCCGUUUCAUAUGAAAGUCACUUGAGCAAGCACCUGGAUAUCGAAGGAGCAGUGGUAUUCGGAAACCAGCGAUUUGAGGCCGGAGUGCUUAUAGAGCUUAAGGACAAAAGGGCGCUGUCACACGAGGAUAGGGAAGAAUGGGUUAAGAAGUUAUGGCAGACGAUCGAACAAGCCAACCAGGAAGCACCGUCGCAUGCUAGGAUAGCAGCAACGCACGUCAUAUUUUCGAAGCCCGAGAAACCGUUUCUACGAACACCUAAGGGCACUAUGAUGAGAAAGGCCACCCUCGAUCUCUACACCGAAGAAAUCAACAAACUGUAUAAAGAAUUCGAAUCUACGGACGUCGGGUCUUCUACCAAGGUGGACAGUCAAAUCGAUUUGGAUGAUCUAGAGGCCGUACUCGCCGCGGUGCGCGACGCCUGCGAAGAAUCUACGACACUUCACGGAAUAGGAAUAAAUGACGAUCUCUUGGCUCGCGGUAUUGACUCCCUUCAGAUCUUACGGUUAUGCCGAAACCUUAGGUCGAAAACCAAUGUCGAGAAUCUGAAACCGGUUACAAUCUAUUCGAACCCUACGCCUAUCGGAUUGGCCAAAGCAAUCCAGAGAGCAGCUAAAGGACAUGUUCAUCACGCAGGCGAGAAGGAUAAGAGUAGAGAAAGCCUGGAAGAAACCAUAGAUCUCUUCACACGCCGUAUCGACGAUUUAGCUGGGACUCAGUCCCAGGCGACAAGUGGACAGCAAGGUGAAAUUACUUCUCAUGUCUGUAUUGUGACGGGAACAACAGGUUCUAUAGGGGCUUACAUCCUACGGGCGCUCAUGGAGAAUGAUCGCAUUGGUACUAUCUAUUGUUUAAAUCGUGGCCCCGACUCGGCCUCAAGGCAGCGCAUCAAUAACGCACAAGUUGACCCUCAACUGCCCACGGAGUUUCCAAAAACUGUCCACUUCAUCGAAGCCGACCUGUCUCACGAGACUUUCGAUCUCGAGCCGGAACUGGUCAAGGCCCUAUCUUCGUCGGCUACGCUUAUCAUCCACAAUGCCUGGUCCGUCGACUUCAACCUCCCCUUGCCCGCGUUCGCGAAGCACCUCGCAGGCGUCGAGAACUUAUACAAGUUCUCUCUUCGAAGCGCUCACCGUCCGACGGUCAUGUUCCUGUCCUCCAUAAGUGCCGUCAUGGACUUGGCCAUCAGCUCUGGAAAACCGGUCCCAGAGGAGAUCUUCGAUGGCCUGUCUGUCCCGGCCGCGGCUGGCUAUGGAGAGAGCAAGUACGUUGCCGAGCGCGUGCUCAAACACGCCGCGGAAAAGCUACACGUACCUGUCAUAGUAGCGCGAAUUGGUCAGGUAUGCGGUGCAACUCGCAGCCCGGGACGAUGGAAUCCCAAGGAGUGGAUCCCGCGGCUCAUUGUUAGCUCUAUGCGUCUCGGCGCCAUUCCGGACUCCUUAGGGGCGUACGACACGGACGUUGAAGAUGUCGAUUGGAUUCCCGUCGACGUGCUCGCGGACGCCAUAAUUGAGAUUCUACUGAAGAGGGCUACUACUACUACUGCUGCUAUAUCAAGUGACGAGCUUCAGCUGAGCCGUCCUCAAGUCUACCAUCUCAUGAACCCAAAGCGCACGACCUGGGCUCAUCUGCUCCCUGCGAUCGUGGAAGUAUCCAAAGACUACAACAAGCUAGGGUCGGAUCGACGCGAGAGCGCCAACGCCAACGCCAACACCAACUCCAGCGCCAGCGUCAGCGUCAGCAAUACCCCGCUCUCGGUAGUCUCCCGCGAGGAGUGGCUGCAACGACUUCGCCAAUCCGCUAACAAGCUCGAGGCCCGCCAAGCCGACGAUCAACAGGGCGCAGCCAACAACAACAAAAACGACGAUGAUGAUGCUAGCCCGGCGCUAAGACUGAUCGACUUCUACGAAGACUACCUCGCGGGAAAGGUGUUCCCCGAAUUUGCGAUGGAGAACUCUAUCUCCGCAAGCGCCGCGUUACAACAGACCGCGAGCAUCAGCCGCCAGGACGUGGAGAGGUGGGUUCGGCUUUGGCACAAGUAGAAAUUUGGAAUUAAUGCUUGUCGGGUCUGCCAUCGGUACCUACAGCGUGGGAGAGAGAUGUACGAGCCUACGAGGUACCCCGGGAUAAGCAGAACUUAACUAUUUGAGUUUAGCCCUGGAUCUUGGAGGAUUUACCGCCGUGACGUCGAAGGAUAGACUAUGGAAAUAUGCAUAAUGCUAGCUUCACCCUAGGCAGUAAUCCAUUUGCCAAUCGGGCCAGAUAUGGGAGGUUACUAGGUUAAUAGUUUCGGUAGUUCUACACUAACUAGGGACACUAUCCGGACUAUAUAACAACGGAAACCUGUUAUCUCUGUAUGGCAUCUUUAGGUGAUUAUUCCGUACGG